CACAAAACAACAAAACAAAGUUGUCUUGACCUCGCGACUUGCCUCACGCACUUUUUGUGUCCCCCUCCAUAUUCUCACACUUUCACAUUUCCGCUUGACUUGUCCAACUCUCCUACGAUCGAUCAUCCGAAAUGGCGAACGAGCGCGAGAGCAAGACUUUCCUCGCCCGCCUCUGCGAGCAGGCCGAGCGCUAUGACGAGAUGGUGACCUACAUGAAGGAUGUCGCCAAGCUCGACGGCGAGCUUUCUGUGGACGAGCGCAACCUGCUUUCGGUUGCCUACAAGAACGUCGUUGGCACCCGCCGUGCCAGCUGGCGCAUUAUCUCGUCCAUCGAGCAGAAGGAGGAGUCUAAGGGAUCUGACAAGCACGUCGCCACCAUCCGCGAGUACCGCCACAAGAUCGAGGGCGAGCUCGAGAAGGUCUGCCAGGAUGUCCUCGAGGUCCUCGACGAGUCUCUCAUCCCCCAUGCCGCUACUGGCGAGUCCAAGGUCUUCUACCACAAGAUGAAGGGUGACUACCACCGCUACCUCGCCGAGUUCGCCUCUGGCGAGAAGCGCAAGGUUGCCGCGACUGCUGCCCACGAGGCUUACAAGAGCGCCACCGACGUUGCCCAGACCGAGCUGACCCCGACCCACCCGAUCCGCCUGGGUCUGGCGCUCAACUUCUCCGUCUUCUACUACGAGAUCCUGAACUCGCCCGACCGCGCCUGCCACCUGGCCAAGCAGGCCUUCGAUGACGCCAUCGCCGAGCUCGACUCGCUCUCCGAGGAGUCGUAUCGCGACAGCACCCUCAUCAUGCAGCUCCUCCGCGACAACCUCACCCUCUGGACCUCGUCCGACAACGGCGAGCCCGAGCCGGCCGCCGCCGAGGCCCCCAAGGAGGAGAAGGCCGCUGAGAAGGAGGCCGACGGCAAGGCCGACGAGCCUGCCCCCGAGCAGCAGUAAGCCCGUCAGCUUUGCUGCGUGCUUGUUUGCUUGCUUGCUUGACUUUUUUUUACUUUUCCUUUUUCCUCUGUCACACGCCCUCUCGUGUCUCCUUGAGCUGGAGCCCCGCAGGGUUGUCCCACAACCCUCCUUGGCGCUCUAUGUGUAGCUCGAGUUAGGGCCUGAGUUAUCAUCCGGGAACGGGGGUCUUUGUUGUUGUCUGUGAACUGGGGGCCUGGCUUGCGGAACGUUGGCUCUGCGGCGGCACAUUGGUCAAGGCAAUGGGCAGGACUGCGGCAAGGGAGUUGGUUGAUGUUCAGUCCGGGGGGAUCUGAAAAUGCAGGGCAACGGUGCUUUUUCUUCCCUUUUUCUUAAAGUCUCGGAUGUAUUUCCCCCAGUCUUGCUCUGCUCUCUUCUCUCCCGCCGGGGGGGGGGUUGGACUCUCUUGUCUUUCCCUUCCCUUGUAUGGGGGGAGGGAAAGGCUGAAUGAAACCCAAAACCCCGAAAUCCACCUCGGCCUCUCUCCAAGGUCGACGGAAUAUACAAUCUAAACCC